UAAAGGAGGCUGCCAAGGCAAUUGCAUUAUUUUCCGAACAAAGCCAUUUCAGAGCUUUCUGCAUUGUGAGCGUUUCCCCGGUCCUUUCGCACCGAAUUGGUUGCAGCAGCAAGGCCGGGGAGUUUGCCUGGACUCCCCUCACUACCAAAAUAAAUGCCCAGGGCAGGAUUGUUCCACUGGGCUGCUGCGAGUGGGGAGAGGGAAGGAGGAAGGAGAUGGUACGUGCCGCCGGCUCUGAACUGAAUGCGGUGAGGAUUGCGAUGUACGGGAGAGUUCAGGGGGGAAAGAGGAGGGAGUCUCGGAGCAGCCGAGGCUCGCAGGAUGGCGAGAGCCAAGCUGAAGAAUUCCCCUUCCGAGAGCAACUCGCACGUGAAAACCGUCCCACCGGCAACCACCGAGGAUGGCCACGGGGUGAGCCCCUUGUUACCGGCUCGGAGGAUGGGAUCCCUGGGGAGCGAUGUCGGACAAAGGCCCCACGCCGAGGAUUUCAGCGUGGAUUCCUCCUUCUCACAGGUGCAGGUGGAGUUCUACGUGAAUGAGAACACCUUCAAGGAGCGCCUGAAGCUCUUCUUCAUCAAAAACCAGCGGUCGAGUCUGAGGAUUCGCCUCUUCAAUUUCUCGCUGAAGCUGCUCACCUGCCUGCUCUACAUCGUCCGCGUCCUGCUCGACAACCCGGAGGAGGGCAUAGGCUGCUGGGAAUGCGAAAAGCAGAACUACACAGUCUUCAACCAGUCCACGAAGAUAAACUGGUCACAUAUCUUCUGGGUGGAUAGAAAGCUGCCGCUGUGGGCUGUUCAGGUCAGCAUAGCUCUGAUCAGCUUCCUGGAGACCAUGCUGCUCAUCUAUCUCAGCUACAAGGGGAACAUCUGGGAACAGAUUUUCCGCAUUUCGUUCAUCCUGGAGAUGAUCAACACAGUGCCCUUCAUUAUCACGAUAUUCUGGCCUCCUCUGCGGAAUUUGUUCAUCCCCGUUUUUCUGAACUGCUGGCUUGCCAAGUACGCCCUGGAAAACAUGAUAAACGACCUGCACCGAGCCAUCCAGCGGACACAGUCGGCGAUGUUCAACCAGGUGCUCAUCCUGAUCUGCACCCUGCUCUGUCUUGUUUUCACGGGCACCUGCGGCAUCCAGCAUUUGGAAAGAGCAGGUGAGAAGCUCUCCCUCUUCAAGUCCUUCUACUUCUGCAUCGUCACCUUUUCCACGGUGGGCUACGGAGACGUGACACCAAAGAUCUGGCCUUCCCAGCUCCUCGUCGUCAUCAUGAUCUGCGUCGCCCUGGUCGUGCUGCCGCUGCAGUUCGAGGAGCUCGUCUACCUGUGGAUGGAGCGGCAGAAGUCGGGAGGCAACUACAGCCGUCACCGGGCCCAGACGGAGAAGCACGUCGUGCUGUGUGUCAGCUCCCUCAAAAUCGACCUCCUCAUGGACUUCCUCAACGAGUUCUACGCCCACCCGCGCCUGCAGGACUACUACGUGGUGAUACUGUGCCCCACGGAGAUGGACAUCCAGGUGCGGCGGGUCCUGCAGAUCCCGCUGUGGUCGCAGAGGGUCAUCUACCUCCAGGGCUCCGCGCUGAAGGACCAGGACCUCAUGAGAGCCAAGAUGGACAACGGGGAAGCCUGCUUCAUACUCAGCAGCCGCAACGAGGUGGACCGCACGGCGGCGGACCACCAGACCAUCCUGAGAGCCUGGGCUGUGAAAGAUUUUGCUCCAAACUGCCCUCUCUAUGUUCAGAUCUUAAAGCCGGAGAACAAGUUUCAUGUAAAGUUUGCCGAUCACGUUGUCUGCGAGGAGGAGUGCAAGUACGCCAUGCUGGCUCUCAACUGUGUCUGCCCCGCCACCUCCACGCUCAUCACGCUGCUGGUGCACACCUCCCGCGGCCAGGAGGGCCAGGAGUCCCCAGAGCAGUGGCAGAGGAUGUACGGGCGCUGCUCAGGCAAUGAGGUCUACCACAUCCGCAUGGGCGACAGCAAGUUCUUCAUGGAGUACGAGGGGAAGAGCUUCACCUACGCCGCCUUCCACGCACACAAGAAGUACGGUGUCUGCCUGAUCGGCAUCCGCAGGGAGGAGAACAAGAGCAUCCUGCUGAACCCCGGCCCGCGGCACAUCAUGGCCGCGUCCGACACCUGCUUCUACAUCAACAUCACCAAGGAGGAGAACUCUGCCUUCAUCUUCAAGCAGGAGGAGAAGCAGAAGAAGAAGGGCUUUGCGGGCAGGGGCACCUACGACGGCCCAUCCCGCCUGCCCGUGCACAGCAUCAUCGCCAGCAUGGGUACAGUGGCCAUGGACCUGCAGAACACCGAGUGCCGCCCCGCCAACAGCAGCAAGCUGGCGCUGCCGGCGGAGAACGGCUCGGGCACCCGGCGGCCCAGCAUCGCGCCCGUCCUCGAGCUGGCCGACACCUCGUCCCUGCUGCCCUGCGACCUGCUCAGCGACCAGUCGGAGGAUGAGAUGACCCAGUCGGAUGAGGAGGGCUCGGCGGUGGUGGAGUACGUGAAAGGCUACCCACCGAACUCCCCCUACAUCGGGAGCUCGCCGACCCUGUGCCACCUUUUACCCGAGAAGGCCCCGUUCUGCUGCCUGAGGCUGGACAAGGGCUGCAAGCACAACAGCUUCGAAGACGCCAAGGCCUAUGGGUUUAAGAACAAGCUGAUCAUCGUGUCGGCAGAGACCGCAGGGAACGGGCUGUAUAACUUCAUCGUCCCCCUUCGUGCGUACUACCGGUCCCGCAAAGAGCUAAACCCGAUUGUGUUGCUUCUGGACAACAAGCCAGAGCACCACUUUCUGGAAGCCAUCUGCUGUUUCCCCAUGGUUUACUACAUGGAAGGCACGAUUGAUAACCUGGACAGCUUGCUGCAGUGCGGCAUCAUCUACGCCGACAACCUGGUGGUGGUGGACAAGGAGAGCACGAUGAGCGCGGAGGAGGACUACAUGGCCGAUGCCAAGACGAUCGUCAACGUCCAGACCAUGUUCAGGCUCUUCCCCAGCCUCAGCAUCAUCACGGAGCUGACCCACCCGUCCAACAUGAGGUUCAUGCAGUUCAGAGCGAAGGACAGUUACUCCUUAGCCCUUUCCAAGCUGGAAAAGAAAGAGCGUGAGAACGGCUCCAACCUGGCCUUCAUGUUCCGCCUGCCCUUCGCGGCCGGCCGGGUCUUCAGCAUCAGCAUGCUGGACACGCUGCUCUACCAGUCGUUCGUGAAGGACUACAUGAUCACCAUCACCAGGCUGCUGCUGGGCCUCGACACCACGCCGGGCUCCGGAUACCUCUGCGCGAUGAAGAUCACGGAGGACGACCUGUGGAUCCGGACGUACGGCCGCCUCUUCCAGAAGCUCUGCUCCUCCAGCGCGGAGAUUCCCAUCGGCAUCUACCGCACGGAGUCCCACAUGUUCGCCACCUCCGAGCCCCACGACAUCAGAGCGCAGUCACAGAUCUCCAUCAAUGUUGAGGACUGCGAGGACACGAAGGACGUGAAGGAGCACUGGGGCAUCAAGACGAGCCACCACAGGAACUCGUGCUCCAGCGACCAGUCCGAGCACCCGCUGCUGCGGCGCAAGAGCAUGCAGUGGGCGCGCCGGCUGAGCAGGAAGGGCAACAAGCACUCCAGCAAGACGGCCGAGUGGAUCAGCCAGCAGCGCCUCAGCCUGUACCGGCGCUCGGAGAGGCAGGAACUGUCGGAGCUGGUCAAAAACCGCAUGAAGCACCUGGGCCUGCCCACCACCGGGUACGAGGAUGUAGCAAAUUUAACAGCCAGUGAUGUGAUGAAUCGGGUAAACCUGGGAUAUUUGCAAGACGAGAUGAACGACCACCAGAACACCUUGUCCUACGUCCUGAUCAAUCCACCCCCGGACACGCGGCUGGAGCUCAACGACAUCGUGUACCUGAUCCGCUCGGACCCACUGGCGCACGUGGCCAACGACGGGCACAGCCGCAAGAGCAGCUGCAGCAACAAGCUGGGCCCCUGCAACCCCGAGACACGGGACGAGACCCAGCUCUGAGCACACCCCCGGGGCCGGGGGCGAAGGGAAAGGAAGAGAAGGGAAGGAAAGAAGGAGGAAAGGAAGGAAGGAGGCUGCUGCCCCGUGCUGGGGCCAGGCGAUGCCCAGCCUGGCUGUGAAAUGCCCUGGAGGGACAGGACAGACGGACAGACAGACAGCCGGCAGUCACCCACGUGGGUGUUUUUAACAUUUUCUAUGAAUACCGCAACUAGUGAGAACGGCUUCGCUGGUGCUGGCGGGAUGUGUCCGAAACCACACCUGAGGCUGCUCAGCAGGAGGGUGCAGGUCGUUGGCAAUUUUUGGGGCACCGCUGAUACAAGAGAAGCCACGCUGUGCUCAUCCUGCUCCUCUUUCGCCUGACAUCCCCGAGGGAUACCCAAAAUGUGGCUCUUUCACCCCAGUUUUCCCCCCGUCGGCCUUGCUGGGUGCUGCCGGGAGCUGCGCGGAGGCGCUGGGGAGGACGGGGCGGGACGGUGCAGCCCCCUGCAGCGCCCUGGCGACAUCUCCAGAAACCAAACCACACCAAAAAGACAAAAACGGACCCAAAGCCAUGCCAGACGUCUGCCACGGGCCUUGUCGCAUGUGCCCAGGCGUAGCCAAACCCUGGCUCCAGCAGCUGCCAGGCCGGGUGUCGCGGUGGCUCUGCGCAGGGCGCACAGGGACGCGGCGCUGGCACCAACCACCGCUCCUGGGGCUCGGCACCAAAGGCACCGAAGGCAGGGACGUGUCCCCAAGCUGCCCCUUCCCCUCGCCCCCUUCCCGGCUCCUCGCAGUGCUGUUUGGACCCAACCCGCCCCGGCUGGGCGGCUCAGACCUCUGCAGCAGAACAGGGGAUGGAUUUUCCAUCUAUUUUUGCACACUUUACAAUGUUGACGUGUAAAGGUUUUCUUUGACUGCCAAGUAAAUAACCGAGUUGGUAACUUUAUAUACUUCUACAUUCAUAUGUUAAAAUUUCAAUGUGAUUUUUAUUUUGUUUUAUUUUAUUUUUUUUUUGGCUGGGAAGCCUGUAAAGCACAAUGUGGCCGUGCCAUCCCGGCAGCACCCCAGACGCUGCCAGGCGGGUGGGAUUUUGCCGUUACCAUCUGCCAGUCCUUCUCCAUGACACACAAUCAAAGCUGUUUACAAAAACCUGUUAAAAACUGCGGCACCUCCCCAAGUGGGUUGAGACAGGACAGACCUUUGUGGUACCUGAAGCAGGAGGAAAAGUCCAGUCCCGUGGAAGCUCUUGGAGGCCUUUGGGAGGAAAAAAGGCCAGCUGGUAGUCACUACAGCUUCUGCAGGCUGAUGGUUGGACGGGCUCUGGGCUUGGUCUUUUUGUAAUCCUAAUUUUUGCUGGUUUGCUGGCCAGGAGACCCUGCACGACCUGCAGCCAGGCAGCCCUGCCCCUUCCCCUGUGCUUAGACGUGGGCACAAACAGAACCAUUUCUGAUGCUUUUUACAUUUUUUUGUUUGUUCGUUUGUUUUUAACUAUUUUUGAUCUUGUUGGCUCUGGCAGACACGUUUUAUUUAUUUGCAUUUGUACCUUGUCAUGCCAAAAAAAUCGGAAAAUUUGAAUGGGGAGAGCAGCUGGGGGACAGCAGCACGAGGGGGGCUGCACCACGCGAGCCUCACGAUGCUCUGCAACCACCACUCCACGUGCUGGUGUGGUUGGGGGAGCCUGGGGAAGAGCCCGGAGAGUUUCCAGCCCUGCUUAGCCAUGGGGCCAGCGGCGCAAAGCAGAGCUCCAGAACCAAAACACGGCGUGGGCGAUGUGAUGCUCCACGUGCUGCCCCCCUCAAAGGGCACAUCCCAGCCCCAUUGCGGUGUGUGCAGGGCCAAACGCCCCCGGUCAGCCCCACGGCCCCAGGCUCAGCCACAUCAACCCUCCUUAAACCCUCCUAGCACGGCGGGGGAGGCUGCAGGGGCUUCGUGAGCGUGCCGAGACAGCCGCCCUCGCCGCCGAUGCUUCUGUUUAAUGUAUAAAUACGUGUAUUUAAAGAGAAAAAGCUGCGUGUAUAAAUCCUACUCAUUUUGCAUACAUUAUUUCUAUGGUGUAAAUUUAUAGCUGACAUUCUAAUGGGAUGUUUAAAAAAAAAAAAAUCCUGUAGAUACUUACCUGUGGUCGAUGCAAGUCUGAGAACAAAUGUUUAAUUUUUUUCUAAUUCUUUAGACUCGGUUACAAUACUAAUGUAAAAACAAGAAUAUUUAUUUUUGUAACGGUCCUGGAAACACUGAUGCAUCAAAACGAGUUGUUUCUGCUUAUAAAAGGGCUGUCGGAGAGGGACAAGCACUGAUGAAUUCCCACCCCUCGGUGGGGUUUGUGUGCUCUGGUGCUGCACAAGAAGCACUAAGGAGGUCGGGUGCAUGGUGUGAUGGCAUGCCAGUUUUGCUUAAACCCAGUGGCUAAGCCAUAACUCACCACAAUACAGAUAUAUAUAUAUACAUUAUAUAUAUAUAUCUGUAUAAAUCAGGAGGAUAUUCUCAUUUUUUUCCAGUUUACCUAGUGAAAAAAUGGGUUAACUAUUGAUGUUCUGAGGGAUCAGCCUGGGAACAGCCAGCCCAGUCCCUGCAGGUUGUCACAGGUGCCACAGCUUUGGGGAAAGACCAGCUGGAAAUGGUAACCAAACGCAGAGCACACGCUGUGGGUGGCUGCAGAUGUGGGCUUUACCCCACCUGGGGUGUCAGAAAGCAAUCCUAAAUCCUGGGGCCACCUGGGGUCCCAGGAGAGCUGCGGGCACCCCGAGGCAGCUCGUCCCUGCUGUGGCUUCUGUGGGAGAGAAAAGGCCCUGUUAUUGCUCCCAGUGCUAGGGAAAAAAAAUCAGAAAAAUGAAACUUUCUGAAGGAAAUAUUUGUGCUUUGACGCAGACACAAAAGGGCCCUGGGGAGACAGGACUAGGCAGGAGCCGGGUGGGUGCGAUAUUUUGGGUUUACUGGCAAACGACCCCGUUGCAUGUUACACGUCCACUAACAGCUUCAUCCUCCAAAUAUGGACUAAAUCCAUGUAUCAUGCAUUAAAGCAAAACCAAGUAUUCGAACAACUGUUAGGAUAUAUUUAUCUCCCGUUAACCCCCUUUUUACUUCAGCCUAUCUGAACACGGUUUCAUUUCCCCAGUGAGGGACCUGUCAUCUCUCCAGGUCAGCUCGUGCAUGGGUUUUUAUCAGCCAUGGCAGAUAAGAAUCACCUCUUUCCCUCUCUGAGACCUAAUUUUGUGACAUGUUCUUCUGGGAUGCACUGUAGACAGCCAACUGGAGAUGUUUUUGUACAAUUAUUGUGAAGAUGCUUCACAUUUCUGUAAAGACAAAUUGAAAUAAAAGAGCUGCAUGCAGCAACAAUGGAAACGGC